AUGCGCCGAAUACUGUUUUUGUCAGCAGGGGCACUUUUCUCCUUGUCGUGUUUUACGUUUGCUGAUGGUUUUAUUGCUGCAAGGCGGAUUGGACUUCCUUACAACUUUUUGAUGUGGCUACCCGCAAUUAUGAUUGUUACUGGUAUGCUGAUUUUCAGGAUCACGGAUGCAAAGGCAGUUAUUGGUACGGAUAAUUUUCUUGAUGACGUCAGAGUCCCACGUGAAAAAGUGCUUUUUUUCAUUGGAGCAUGUCUGACAGUUGGUGGUUUUGCGGUUUCUCUUUGGAAGGCGGUUGACCCAUAUUCUAACGCCAGCGAAGCCACGCCCGGCGUUCUUUUGGUAGCGCAAAGUGUUUUUCUGGCCCUUUGCUCUGGAAUACUCUUUUCCGUCAGAGUGCUAACUGAGGAUGAUUGGUUUUGA